AAUAGAAACAUUAUUCAGUAUUUUUCCUUUUGACAAACCUCGCUUCGAGGUGUGGAGCGCAACAAGAGAGUUAUGCCACUCGUUCAGGUCUUUCGUGAAGGUGGUCCUCUUAUGGUAGGAUCAAACGAAGCUGGCUAGUAUGUCGCACCUCGCGGUGAUGAGCUGUCGUCCAGGAGCAGUGAGGUGGACAGCUCCUGAAAUUCUUUCUGGGAAAGAAUCACUGGCAGCUUUUGCAAUUUCCACUCAGAGCGAUACCUACUCCUUCGGUAGCGUCAUACUUCAAGUUUUGAUGGGAAAGAUUCCUGCUCGUGAAGUCGCAAUCUUGCGUAAAGUGAUCUUUAAGGAGGAAACGCAUCUUUGUUCAGAUGACGAUUGUGUCACCGAUCGAUUAACGGAAUUUUAUAACUUGUUGUCUUAUCGUUCCCAUCGAUCGCUCUGCCGAAGAAGCGCUUAAAUUUGUUGACAGCACACUGAGCUCGCUGCGGUCGAAUAGUG